GUCGAAUGUAGAUCCAUCAUCCAGAGGCAUUUGCACUUAACUCUACAUUGUCGGAGUGCGACUUGUACCACGAUUUUUUUGUGUGGCAAUCCCUUCCGUGUAUGGGAAGAUACAACGCCAGUGCUGUGGCCAGUCAGAAUCGACACGAGAACAGGUCGUUCAUGCAUCGAUCAAUUAUAAGAUAUUAAUCACUUAAGAAUCGAUUAUUCCUUUCCAUAUUUCGACAUGUCGGGUAGCAAAAUUUUCCGUUCUCAGCCCAUGGCGCUUUGCCAGGUUAUUAUUCCCAGCGAAGUUGCAUAUGAAGCUUUGGGUGAGUUGGGAGAAUUGGGCCUGGCUAUGUUCAAUGAUCUCAAUACAAACAUGAACACGUUCUCGCGGACGUAUGUGAAGGAAAUAAGAGAGCUCGAUGAUAUCGACAGACAACUGCGGUACAUCUCUAAACAAGUGGAGGAUGUGAAGAUUGUGGAAAGCGUCGAUAGGGAUCUGUUGACCGUGAAUGCGCAUGAGAAGGUGUGUUGGGAGUAA